CCCUCUCUCUCUGGUGCGGUCGUGCGUCUUGCUGAUCUGAGUGAUGACUCGUCACAGGGGAUUCGCAAUCAAGACUUUGUCCGUGGACGCAUCACGCUGAGAGCCUACAGCGGCGUUUUCCCCCUCUAUCCACGGUCUGUCAAAGUUUCGGUUUCCAAACGGGGAUUAUUUCUCGGAGGUGAAGACCUGAGAGACGAAGCACAGCCAAAAGCCCUGACUAAGGGGGGCACCGUGCGUAAUACCCGGGGAGCAGGUGGAUGGAGAGGCAGUUUGUGCGCUCUGGAGCGGCUGGACUCCACAUUCUCUGCUGAUUGAAUCUCUGUCACGAUGGACUUGAUAUGAAGGGCACGUUUUCCGUUUUCAAUUUAAAAAUCCAUCCUGCUCUUUAUCUCCACAGUUAGGAUGUGAUAUUUGUGGUCCCACAUUAUUUAAAAUCCCCAGUAAUCCCGAUCCCCUGAGGCCCAAACACUUAGACGGCAAAGUGACAAACUGCUCCUUUUAUCCAACAACUUGAAGUCCCUUUUCAGUCUUGCAUGGUACCAUCAUGCUUUAAAGCCUGUAAUCUGAAACCCAAUAAUAUCUACCUUCCCCCAACUCCUUAAUGAUACACAUCUUCAUCUGUUGCCACCUUUAGACUUGAAGCCCCUUGAGAGUCCAAAACCCUGUCAGCCAUCAUGGCCUUGGACCAGUGGCCCUUUUUCCCAAACUCCCCAAACAUCUCCAUCCCGGAGCCCCUCCUGUACGACAGCUACCUCCAGGGAAACGAGUCCGACCUGGACCUGAACAUCUCCAAGACCAGAGAGCAUCACCAGGAUAAGACUAGCUCCGUGGUCAUCACUUUAAUCUACUUCAUUGUGUGUGGCGUGGGGCUGUGCGGCAACGCCCUGGUCAUAUACGUGAUCCUGCGCUACGCCAAGAUGAAGACGGUGACCAACAUCUACAUCCUGAACCUGGCAGUAGCGGAUGUUCUGUGCAUGAUGAGCCUGCCGUUCAUCGCCCUGCAGCUGGCCCUGGUGCACUGGCCCUUUGGGGAGGUGCUGUGCAGGGUGAUCAUGACUGUUGACUCUCUCAAUCAGUUCACCAGCAUCUUCUGUCUGAUGGUGAUGAGCAUCGAUCGGUAUCUGGCUGUGGUCCACCCUAUUAAGUCCACGAGAUGGCGUAAGCCCCGCCUGGCCAAGCUGAUCAACCUGACUGUAUGGGGUGUGUCCCUGUUAGUUAUCCUGCCUACUUUGAUCUUUAGUGGCCUUAACAAGGUGCCGGUAUGCGGGAUUGUGUGGCCGGAGCCCCAGGAUGUCUAUUACACGGCCUUCAUAAUAUACACCUUCUUCAUAGGGUUCUUCAUGCCGCUGGCAGUCAUAUGUCUGUGCUACCUGCUCAUUAUAGUCAAGGUGAAGUCAUCUGGGAUGCGAGUGGGAUCCACCAAGCGUAAGCGUUCUGAACGCAAGGUGACCCGGAUGGUGUCCAUCGUGGUGGCAGUUUUCGUGCUCUGUUGGCUGCCUUUCUACGUAUUCAACGUCACCUCCGUCACCAGCUCCAUCAAUCCCACAUCUGCCAUGAAGAGCACUUUUGACUUUGUGGUGGUGCUCGGCUACGCUAACAGCUGUGCCAACCCCAUCCUGUACGCCUUUCUGUCCGACAACUUCAAGAAGAGCUUUCAGAACGUCCUAUGCCUAAAAAAGGUAGCGGGCCUGGACGAAAUUGAGCGCAGCGACAGCAGGGCAGACCGGAGCAGGAUGGUGAACGACGCUAUGAUCAUCAACUUGGAGACUCACAAUGCUGCCCUGCUCAAUGGCGAGCUGCAGACCAGCAUCUGAGGUGCGCCAGGCACAUGCAGGGAGGCCAGAGACCGGUGCUGGUGGCUUCCGGACUGAUGAACCGGCAGCACAUUGCUAGUGACCCCCGUUCAAAGAUGCAAGUUCGGGGAUGCUGAUGGACGUUGGCACAUGAACAAAGUCGAAGUAAAGAUUUCUCAAUAUCUGAACGAGUUUCAGAGGUCAGGAAAGGUAUACGCCCAAACCUCUUGACGAAUGAGUUACUGAGGCUACUGAAUGCAGAAAUGUAUGUUGGUUGAAGGAUUUUCACCAAUGCAUUCACUUGAUGUUACAUGAAAAAUAAAUACUUGUGUUGUUCUUGCUUGCCAGCUCAAGGUUUCUAUCAAGUUGUCGCAAAGACCGAACAGAAGGAAAUGAGAACAAGACGCAGGAUCAGAAAACGGACUGUUUGUGUGUAUAAAUCACUCAUGGUAGAGCGGGAGAUCUGAGGGGAUCGAGCACCACCAGUAUUCUCCUUGAUGGAGUUUUCUGAACUGUAGAGGGGGUCAGCAUUGAUUUCUCUGAAUGUGGAAAUACUGCUGAGGAAGACCGGCAAACAAUGUGGUGAAAACAGUGAGCACUGUACAACAAAGGAGCCUUUGAAAGAUUAAAACCGUAAGACAAAAGCCAAAGGUGAAAAGCUGCAUGGCCGUGUUUUAUUCACACCAGCUGAUUAGCCUGGUCUCCCCGACAUAACAAGGAACGAUACUCCUUUCUCCCUCUCGCCGGCAUCUCUGCGGGAGGAAGUGCACCCAUCCGUAAAUCCACAAACUGAUCAUCCUGGAUUAUUGAUUGUGGUCAAAGGAUGGGGAUCUCUGCGGCAGGUGUGACCUUUCUCCCAUUAAAACAGCUUAACACUGUAUCUAGCCCACCAAACGGUUUCCCGGAGACUCCAGGGGAAAGGUCCUAACGUGGACGUGUCUCAUUUUUUGACGUGAUCCUAUUGUAUUCUGUAUUAUUGUAAUGCAGUGAGGAAUGUUCUGAAAACUAUGUUUGUGAAGCCCAUCACAUGUACUCUAUACUUCUCUGUGUCACGGUCUUAACAGUGAGUCCUCUCUGCGCCAGCGGUGCCCAUUUCUAUUCGCAGAGUUCUGUGUUUUGAGCACUUAUUGAAAUGUGCGCACUGCGCUCAGCUUCACGCUUGGUUCAGUCCGCUCGAGCAAAAUAAUUUGCCUAUAUUUCACAGAGGGAAGAAAAACAUGUGGCGUAAUCACAGAGGGAGAGAGAUGAGGGAUCGGGAGAUACAAAGAAUAAGCAGAACAGUCCCGUCUUUCUACUGAGAACUGAACAAAUUAAAAAACAAAUAACUCAGUGGGGAUCAGUAUACUAAAAAUAAAGUCUGAUCGUUAUUUCUGUGGAAAAUGUGGUCAAAAUCAAAACAGCAGGCAGGGUGGAGCUCAACGCUGGAUCCGACGUUCCUCAAGAUACACCUGCAAAGCUUAUCUCAUCCGACCCUCGCAGUGUGUCAAAUGCUUUCAAACCUUCCACCCUGGGUACUUUUACAUUUACUGUACUAACUCAGGCAAGGAUUUAAUGUCAACCCAGUCUUCACAAUCAAGCUAAUCGCACAGCAAUUAUUGUUGUAUAUUCUCAUUGAAUACAAAAUUCCACAAAAAAGCUCUCCAACUCACCUGUCAGGUAAACCUGACUCCAUAACGCUCACAUUGCUCAGUGACAUUCAUUAUAUUGUAUUUAUAUCCCGAUUACUGUUUCUUGAGAGACGCAGGACUGGCAGGAUGCCAGAUUGAUUAAUGGAAUUAUCAAUCAGUGGAUAUAACUUGGUUGUUUCUUUAGCAGUGAUAGCGUCAUGGCAAUGGUAGUCUGUCUCAACACUUUGGGCCACGUCUCGACAAAUAUCGGGUUAUUCAAACAGGUACGAACAUUCACGAUCCGCAGAGGAUCAGCUCACAUUUGUUUGGCCCUUUAAGACCAAAUAAAAGACAAAACUCCCAUAAGCUUUGACUUUGUCGACUGAAAGAGGAAAGUGGACAAGGACAAAUUGACCUGCUGAGCAUGUUAGCAUACAGAUGUUGCUAUGGAUGAUACAAGGGAGCUGAUAAACUAAUAGUUGGUGCUGUAAAUUGGAUGAAUGUCUUUUCAAAGCUCAAAUGAAGUCAUAGGUUUUGAUAUGAGUUAUCUCGCCAGCUUGCUUUGUUAAGUGGGCUGACUUCACUAGGCAACAGCUUCCUGAGCCAAACGUGCUACAAAUAAAGAUUAUAUCACAAUAACCUGCAUUUGGAAACCUUAUCACUCCCUUUAUGGUGACAGAAUGAGCUUUUAAUCCAUUUCCCUUUCAGCCAUCAGGCUGUCCGUGCACAGGGACCUCUAUGAUGGUGCCACAUGUUGUUGCAAGGAGAUUUGUCAAAUAACCGCAAAGCCUACACAGCUAAAAGGUCAUCCGCCAUAUGCUGCAGGGUCAGAUUCACUUCAUCCAAGUAUAUCAGUCAAGUUAGAAGCCGUCAAUCAGUUCAAUCAGAAGAAAUGAGAAGCAGAGGGCUUUUCCCGGGAGGGUACUGCAGAAAAUAAUCUAGCAUUGCUAGCAAGGUUGUUCCCUUCCUCACCCACACGUCCCAAUAGGAACACACUCACAGAUAUUUGUAGUCAUACGUGGAGGUACAUGCUCAUCACGUUGUGCCCAAAGCUCCUAGCACUCCUUCCUGAGUAGCCCCAAAGGUGAUGAGAGUGACCAAUUCUGCAUCCACGAGUCAUACUGACCCAGUGAACUGUGUGUAAUAAUGUGACUCAUCACCAUAACAAAGGCUAUUUGGAGUGAACGCACAACCAGAAUUUUGGGGGGGAUUGUCUUGUGGAAAAUAUGAGUGACCCUGAAACAUGCUUCGCAGGGGCAGAAAAAAGGAACUAUUUUUCAGAAAAAUAUCUUAUUUUGAAAAAUGUCCAGACCUUAAUGGGCCAUUCUGGUCCUGGUUUAGUUAAUGUUUGGGUGGUUUGUGCCAAAACCAGUGUAGUCAGGUAGCGCUAAAAGGAGCGCUGAGGCGGUCCUGCAAACUAAGUGAUAUUUGGAAAAAAUAAUAAUAAUUCAAUUUGUGUCUUGGCUCUUUGUCUGCUGGGCACAAUUCAGUAACCAAUGUGGCAUUUGUUUGGAUUUCUGUGUCGCUCCUCCACUGUAAAGUGUACCGGAAGAAGGAAGAAGCGGAGGAAUGGGGAAAACGUUUUUCAGAGACACACAAUCAUUUGCAAAGGGCUAGAACGUGCACUCCAGAGGAUGCAGCGUUCAAUGUUGUAUUUGUGGUACCCCCCCACUUGUUUGUGCUUUGGGGGGGGGGGGGGGGGUUGUGUAUCCCACUUCUGUGUCCUUUCGCUAACCUAAACCAGUGUGGUCACAUUUUUCUUUGCAAAAUACAGUCUUAGAAAAAAGGUUCAAAGAUGUACUUGAGUUUCAGCUUUGCCAUCGGGUGCAGUCUUGUAGAUGUUUUAGUUGUGAUCAGCCGCAAAUGUAACAUUCUAUUUGGUGAAAAAAUGAAAUAAGAUAUGGGUUUCUAACAAUGCAGACUUCCCAUUGUCUUGACUUAGCCACAUUUCAGCUUUUUGUUACUUACAAGCUUGUUUCUGACAAUGUAAAACCCUGGAUAUGUAUUUUUCUGUUCAGUGACUUUUAUCUAUGUGCCUUGGAACUUGUAAACUGAUGCGAGGAAAUCAAUGUACAGCAAAACAACAUUGUGACCGGUUUCUCCCAAAAGCCAAACAACCAAAGGCCUUUGUUGUGUACAGACAUAUUGGUAACUUCAACAUAACGGAGUACAGUUUUGGUCGAUAUUUGUCAACCUAUAGCUUAUGUUUGUGUGAUAUAAUGUCAAAAGCAGAUGUUUAUUUGUGACUGUUGCAUAGAAUAUAAUGUAAAGAUUGAUUGUAAUGGACAAGACAAUGUCCUCGUCUCUGCAAUUAAAACGCAGGCGCAAAUGUUUCUGCUCACAUGGCCAAACCGCU